AUGUCAUUGCUUCUCAUUGACCUUCUCACCCUCCCACACACCAGGGGCACCAUCCCCCUGCUAACCAAAGGCACCAUCCCUCUCCUAACCAAGCGGUUCUCCCUCGCACCUUGCAUCCCCAGGAUCAACUUUUCUUCCUCUGAUUCUUCUUCCCUCCCCUCAUUGUUCCAACGUGCUCGCUCUCCCCACGUGCCUUCCAUUUCACCCUCCCCCACACCAGGGGCACCACCCCUCUCCUCACCAACUGGGGCACCAUUCCUCUCCUCACCAACUGGGUGUGGGGAAUGUGCUGCUGUGUUGGGGUACGGGAGGGAUUUAAAGCGUGGGGUUCCAAACGCCCCCCCAACCCCCAAGGACCACCUCACCUCGGGCCGGGCUGCUGCUGUCGCCGGGCUCUGGGGCACCUGGCACAUGCGCCUGGGGUAUGGGGGAUUGGAAGCCUGGGGUAUGGGGGAUUGGAAGCCUGGGGUAUGGGGGAUUGGAAGCCUGGGGUAUGGGGGAUUGGAAGCCUGGGGUAUGGGGGAUUGGAAGCCUGGGGUAUGGGGGAUUGGAAGCCUGGGGUAUGGGGGAUUGGAAGCCUGGGGUAUGGGGGAUUGGAAGCCUGGGGUAUGGGGGAUUGGAAGCCUGGGGUAUGGGGGAUUGGAAGCCUGGGGUAUGGGGGAUUGGAAGCCUGGGGUAUGGGGGAUUGGAAGCCUGGGGUAUGGGGGAUUGGAAGCCUGGGGUAUGGGGGAUUGGAAGCCUGGGGUAUGGGGGAUUGGAAGCCUGGGGUAUGGGGGAUUGGAAGCCUGGGGUAUGGGGAUUGGAAGCCUGGGGUAUGGGGGAUUGGAAGCCUGGGGUAUGGGGGAUUGGAAGCCUGGGGUAUGGGGGAUUGGAGGCCUGGGGUAUGGGGGAUUGGAAGCCGGGGUAUGGGGGAUUGGAAGCCUGGGGUAUGGGGGAUUGGAAGCCUGGGGUAUGGGGGAUUGGAAGCCUGGGGUAUGGGGGAUUGGAAGCCUGGGGUAUGGGGGAUUGGAAGCCUGGGGUAUGGGGGAUUGGAAGCCUGGGGUAUGGGGGAUUGGAAGCCUGGGGUAUGGGGGAUUGGAAGCCUGGGGUAUGGGGGAUUGGAAGCCUGGGGUAUGGGGGAUUGGAAGCCUGGGGUAUGGGGGAUUGGAAGCCUGGGGGUAUGGGGGAUUGGAAGCCUGGGGUAUGGGGGAUUGGAAGCCUGGGGUAUGGGGGAUUGGAAGCCUGGGGUAUGGGGGAUUGGAAGCCUGGGGUAUGGGGAUUGGAAGCCUGGGGUAUGGGGGAUUGGAAGCCUGGGGUAUGGGGGAUUGGAAGCCUGGGGUAUGGGGGAUUGGAAGCCUGGGGUAUGGGGGAUUGGAAGCCUGGGGUAUGGGGGAUUGGAAGCCUGGGGUAUGGGGGAUUGGAAGCCUGGGGUAUGGGGGAUUGGAAGCCUGGGGUAUGGGGGAUUGGAAGCCUGGGGUAUGGGGGAUUGGAAGCCUGGGGUAUGGGGGAUUGGAAGCCUGGGGUAUGGGGGAUUGGAAGCCUGGGGUAUGGGGGAUUGGAAGCCUGGGGUAUGGGGGAUUGGAAGCCUGGGGUAUGGGGGAUUGGAAGCCUGGGGUAUGGGGGAUUGGAAGCCUGGGGUAUGGGGGAUUGGAAGCCUGGGGUAUGGGGGAUUGGAAGCCUGGGGUAUGGGGGAUUGGAAGCCUGGGGUAUGGGGGAUUGGAAGCCUGGGGUAUGGGGGAUUGGAAGCCUGGGGUAUGGGGGAUUGGAAGCCUGGGGUAUGGGGAUUGGAAGCCUGGGGUAUGGGGGAUUGGAAGCCUGGGGUAUGGGGGAUUGGAAGCCUGGGGUAUGGGGGAUUGGAAGCCUGGGGUAUGGGGGAUUGGAAGCCUGGGGUAUGGGGGAUUGGAAGCCUGGGGUAUGGGGGAUUGGAAGCCUGGGGUAUGGGGAUUGGAAGCCUGGGGUAUGGGGGAUUGGAAGCCUGGGGUAUGGGGGAUUGGAAGCCUGGGGUAUGGGGGAUUGGAAGCCUGGGGUAUGGGGGAUUGGAAGCCUGGGGUAUGGGGGAUUGGAAGCCUGGGGUAUGGGGGAUUGGAAGCCUGGGGUAUGGGGGAUUGGAAGGCCUGGGGUAUGGGGGAUUGGAAGCCUGGGGUAUGGGGGAUUGGAAGCCUGGGGUAUGGGGGAUUGGAAGCCUGGGGUAUGGGGGAUUGGAAGCCUGGGGUAUGGGGGAUUGGAAGCCUGGGGUAUGGGGGAUUGGAAGCCUGGGGUAUGGGGGAUUGGAAGCCUGGGGUAUGGGGGAUUGGAAGCCUGGGGUAUGGGGGAUUGGAAGCCUGGGGUAUGGGGGAUUGGAAGCCUGGGGUAUGGGGGAUUGGAAGCCUGGGGUAUGGGGGAUUGGAAGCCUGGGGUAUGGGGGAUUGGAAGCCUGGGGUAUGGGGGAUUGGAAGCCUGGGGUAUGGGGGAUUGGAAGCCUGGGGUAUGGGGGAUUGGAAGCCUGGGGUAUCUGCCUUCACUCGCAUCAUUGACACCCCAUCCGACGCUGAAGAUGCGCCCAUCCUCUUCCACGCCUUCUACCAGCGUGAGAUCGCCACAUUCACAGCAAUGCAUCUCGACAGCUCCUUCAGUGACUUCUCCCUCGAAGGCGCGUUCAGCACCAAGUUCCUGAACCACUGGGCGUACAAGAAGGAUCCGAGAAACCUCUUUCCCGGCUAUACCAUGCUGCCCCAAGCUGCUGCCUUUGCUCCCCGCCGCCCGCCUCGGUGGGCGGCAGAGGAGGACAAGAGGGAGAGGGAAUGGGUGGUUCGGGCGGCGGACAUGAUUGGUCGGCGCGUGCAGUACAGCAGCGUUGGCAACGUUUUGAAUAGGAGAGCG